GGAUAGUUUUGCACUGACAUCUUCACAAAAAAACCAUUGCCAUUCACUCUUGCACGUGAACACCUGAUGAUCUAGGGACCUGCCUGGUUACGUCACAGAAGCUUCACUCACUCACCUAAAUCUGACUGACACCUUCCUUUCUCUCUCCCCGCCGCAUCAAUACCUACACCCUACACACCCCCACGUCAGCCAUGCACCCACCUGCCGUCUCUCGCCAGAGUCGACCAACCCACCACCCGGCCGAUCAGAUCAUCUCGUCCAUUCGUUGUCCAGUGAGUGCCUCUGUCUGUCACAGUUCGUCGUGUUCGCCUCCCUCCCACAGUAGGUGUUCUAUGUCGUGCUGGAUGGCCAGAGGGUCGGUCCGGUGGGUGUAGCGCUUGAACGGCCGGCCCUUCUUGUCUAUCAGGAACUUCUCAAAGUUGUCCUGCUCGUUCACACAGCACAGCACGCCACGUGAGCCAACAGACAGACACAGACAGACAGACAGACUCAUCCAUGAGCUGGCGCGUGUUUGUUUUGCCUGUCUGGCUGUGUGCCUUCCUUCCCUCCCUCGUCGCUCCGUCGAUUGACAGGUACCUGUAUAUCGUGCUUGCCGCAGUUGUCCGUGAGCCACUUGAAGACCAGGUGCUGGUCACGGCCCAUGACGAGGUGCCUCUUGAGCAUGGUAAACCUCGGCUCGACGCCCAGCGCGUCUUUGAUGUCUUGGAGUAUCUCGAGCCCCUCCUUGGGCUCCGACUUGUCGAUCUGGUUGGUGGGAAAUGCGAAGAUGCGCAGACCUCGCGAGUGGUACUGGUCGUGCAGGUCGUUGAGCGCCUCGUACUGCUCCUUGGCGUGGGGGUCGCGGGUGGCGACUAUCACACACAGAACUGGGUGGCCCUUGAACCUGCAAUCACACACACACACACACACACACACACAACAGACAGCACAGCACAGCACAGCACGGCAUCACUGCAGACCAGCCACGCGUGUCUGUCCCGGUGCAUGCGGUGCAUGAGAUGGGAUGGUCCUACAGCUGACUGACUCGUGGAAUUCAUGUAUGUGUUCUCCGUCGAUGUCGAAGAACAUGUAGUGGCCGAGCUUGUGCCGCCGGUCCCACUUGCACUCCUCGCCAACGUCACCCUUCGGAGGGGGCGUGUUCGAUAAUGUCAGCCUCGGGAGCACCAGCAACACGCACACAAUCGACACAAGCACCCUCGGGUGGGCAGCCCUUCUUCGUUUCAUCAUUCAGAUGCCUCAAGAGCCUCCAAAGCACGGCAGCAGCGGCCAAGAGCCUCCCAAAGCCUUGAGAUCUCUCGC